UCAAUCCGUGCAUGUUAGCAGCCAGAGGCUUGUAGCGUGCAUCGUCUCCGGGGUGUCAAGCUUCCUGCUCGGUCUUCAACUAUGACGAGCGGCGCUUAGACUGCGACUCCUUCCCCUGGAUCAGCAAACCGGGCCGAUAUCAAAGACAAGGAGGAGUGCACAAUGUAGGCAGUUUGGUCAACAGUGGGACUCCAUUCUGUUCUCUGGGGUGGGGGGGGGGGGGCGAUGGAACCUGAAGGGCAAACCCUGACCCCAGGGACCAGCUAUGUGCCCCCACCUUUGAACUCUGCACAAAAGCCUGUCACCUCAGCCUUUCUUAAUUGCACCUUACAGCAGUCCUCAUGUUCCUCCGAUGUGAGCGACAAACCGACGUCAGGCUCACAAGGUCACAAUGGAGAUGAGGGUCCCGAGCAGACCCAAGUCUCCGAGCACAGUGCAGAUCCAGUGAGGAGAUUUAGGUCCUCCGCUUUUCCUUCCUCUCCGAGCUGGGACUCCGACUCGGAGAAAGAAACACUUGACGAGGAGGAGCUGCAGCAUUUUUCUAACCCUCAUGGUCUGGCUGCUCACAGCCCAGGAUCUCCUUCCUCUGGACCCAGGGUCGAUUGUGAGGACGACAAAGAACCUGGAGAACUGCAGCGAUUGGAGCAUGAGGCUAGUCUGUCUGUCUCUGGGCAGGAAAGUAAAGAAAGCACAAAAGGAGAAGAACCAAAUCCAUCUCAGCUUGGCCCAACACUCUUAGGAGGUAGCCGUGACUGUAACAUAUCUGAGGUCGGCCUCUGCGAAAUAAAACCAAAUGACGCUUGCCUGUCGGAGAAGGAUACAGACAAAGGAAAGGAAGAGGGAAACCAUCCUAAGGAGCUUGAUGUGUACACCUUCACGGGAGAGUCUGACCUUGAGAGUCUCCCUCCUGCCUCCUGGCCUCACUCUACACACUUCCAAAAGUGUAGGAAGAAGGGAGUCCUACUCGGGGCCUUCACCGGAACCUUACUACAAACAUCUCCACGAGGCGGGAGUCCUCAAAGAUCAAUAAAUACCGAAUUGGCAAGGUCGUCGCAUUUUGAUGAUUUGGGGAAUGAAUUAGUAGAAGAUCCGACCGUGAUCAGAGACGGAGAAGAAAAAGUAGAUGAGCAGGGUAGGGAUAUUUUCACCUGCGUGGAAUGUAGCAUAUAUUUCAACAAACAGGUCCAUCUAAAGGAACACAUGAUCGAGCACCGUCAAACAGGUGAAGAAGCUUCCCGGUGUUAUCAGUGUAGCGAAUGCGGAUGGGACCUACCUGAUUCUCUCGCACUAGCCGAUCACCAAAGGAGACACCAGGAAUCCCGCGUCAAGAUCACCACAGAAAUCGACAAACUGAAUGAACUUGAGAAGGCCCAAAAAAAAACGGACGUUAAAGUUGUAAAGCACGAAAGUCCGCUUCCUACUCCUGGCAAGGUGUCAGACACUUGUCCGCUUCCAUACCAAGCUCCGAUAUCACCAUCAGAUGAGGGUCACGUGGCUCUUGAAUCAAACACUCCUCAAAGUCCUCCAGGUUCUCUUGGAACCACAUUCCAGCCCCGGGCUGUUUUGUACCGCCGGCGUUUUGUUUGCACCCAAUGUAACUUCAGCACAAGAACCUCCCAAGCGCUUGCUAAUCACACCAAGACACACAUGAGAAAAAAAUCAUCUGUCGUUUUUAAGUCCAGCUCUUCUUCUGAUUCCCCAUCAUGUUCAUCUCCUCUGACAAAAAGACAGAGGAAACAGGUCCACUCUGGACCGGACUCCAUUUGCAGGACACAAGUUGAUUCUGAGUCAAACCAUUUGUCUCUCGAGCAUGUAUUGGAUUCCAACUGCUCUGACUCUUUAUCCCCGCCCAACUCAUGUCCAACUAAAGUCCAUCAAGGACUUGAGGCCUCUGAGAAUGAUCUCACAGCAACCCUCAGAUGUAAUAAGAACAGGAGGUUCAGUAGGAGAGCAAAAUUUGGGUCCAGACCAAAUGAGGACGAAAGCCCAGAGAUUGACCCUGAGAAGGUUGUCGUGAAAGAAUCGGAUCCAGACGAGAGUCCGGAUCGACUACGUGUUUCGAUUUCGCCCCAGAUUCGUUUUAAGGAAAACAAUGAGCAGGAGGAGGAGAUUAGCGGAAAUGUUUUUGUUUUAAAAAAAAGCAAGCACCUCAUAGAAAUUGACAGCGAUGAUGACGACGAACCCAUGCGGCACUACCUCUCCGGGGACAUCUUGGAUGAAGUAGAAGAUGACCUCGAUGAGAUGUCGGACGCUUUGAAAAAUGUCGAGAGGAAAUGCCCCUACUGCCCUGAUCGAUUCCAUAACGGCAUCGGCCUCGCCAAUCACGUGAGGGGCCACCUGAACCGGGUUGGCGUCAGCUACAAUGUCCGCCAUUUUAUAUCUCCGGAGGAGGUCAAUGCAAUUGAGAAGCGCUUUUCCUAUCAGAAGAAAAAGAAAAAAGUGGCCAACUUUGAUCCAUCCACUUUCAGUGUGAUGCACUGCGAGUUCUGUAGCGCCGGCUUUGACACCCGCGCCGGCCUGUCUAGCCAUGCCCGGGCGCACCUCAGAGAUUUUGGCAUCACUAACUGGGAUGUUACCAUCUCACCCAUCCACAUCCUGAGAAAACUGUUCUCCAGCAGACCGGACCUUGUAAUCCCCACAGCUCCCCCGCGGAGCUCUGUUCUGGAAGAGGAUGAAGAAGAAGAAGAAGAAGAGGAGGAGGAAGAGGAUGGGAUCAUUGAGGUUAAGAUGGAAGAGGAGACGAGUGAGAGGAGGAUAGACGAUGCUUCUCCUGUUUUUCUGUCGUCUGGAUCUCCUGGAAAUUUGAAUGAAGAGGAGGAUGUAAAAAAAGGUGACGGUGAGGGUGAAGAAGAGGUUGAGCCUGAGCACCUGGCUGGCGAUGGCCUCAGCUCCAGCCCGAAGAAAACGCGCCUGCAGAGCGGAGACGAGGAUUGCCUCUUUGCAGGGGAAGAUGAAGACACCAAAGUUCAUGACUUGAAGUGCGAAUUGUGCGGCGCUCAAUUUGACAACAGGCGCGAGAUGUCCAACCAUGCUAGCUCUCACCUGCAAGAAUCCAUCGACCUCCUCCACCACCAAACCUCCAAAGACAGCCAGAUGAACUCACUUGACCUGGAUUCAACCAAGAGUUCCUCUCUGUUUGACUCGGAGAACCCCGAGGACGGAGAAGACUCUGACGAGAAACCGAUAGCCCUUUCCGUUUUAACCAAAGCAGUUAAAGCGAUGUCAUCCCCUUCCUGUUCAACACCUACUCCUUCUCCCGGUGGCUCUCCGAUGUUAGCUCACGGGAGUUCUCCAACCUCAGUUGUGAGGAAAGCCCCUAUUUCCUCUUUACUGCCGGUUUCUUCUCCUUUACGCUUGACGGAGCACAAAACGGGCGGGAUGAAAACCUUGACGUCUAACCUCUUAACAUCUGCCACCGUCUCACCAUCCAAACCGAUCUGGGCUCCGCAUGAAAACGAUGCUCCUCUCAACCUCACCCUCGAAAUGGAGCCGAGCAAAGACAUCGUUUGUCAGCUGUGCGGCGCCUGGUUCGAGACUCGCAAAGGUUUGUCCAGCCAUGCCCGGGCUCACCUGCGCCACUUCGGGGUGGAGUACUCGGAAUCCAAAGGUUCUCCCAUCGCUCUCCUCAAUCAGCUCAUGGACUCGGACGACUUCAAGCACAAAGCCGGUGAAUUCCAGCUUGACACUGAAUCCCGGAGUAUUCCUAGCACGCUGUCCUCCCCAAAGAAGGCAAUGCUCCCUUCCUCCUCUCCAUCCCUACUGUAUAAGGUGACAACAGUCGGAGGCGGGUCGACCUCCAAAGCUACCUCUCCCUCAUCCUUCGGCCCGCCUGCCAAGCGUCUCAAAUCAUCUUCCAUGCAGGUCUUCCGCCUCAGCACCGGCGAGAUCAUGAGUCUCCCGCAGAGUGAACCUACAAAGGAAAUAGGCUGCGAGUUCUGCGGGGAAUAUUUCGAGAACCGUAAGGGACUGUCCAGCCACGCUCGCUCCCACUUGCGCCAAAUGGGUAUCACCGAGUGGUCGGUCAACGGUUCCCCGAUCGACACGCUGAUGGAAAUCAUCUCCAAACGUGGCUUGCCUUGCGCCCGUCCUUUAAAAUCUCACAAAACUCCCCCUCCGACCUCUCCCGGCCCUCCUCGUUCCCCUCUCUCCACCUGUUCCUCGCCGUCGGCCGUCCUCGGACGACUACCUUUCGCCUGCUCCUCAAGUCCUUCCCGGCAGUCGGGUUCCAAGUUGAAUUUGACUCCGGCCAUGUCGUCAAGCGGACUGAUCCUCAAGCUGAAGCCUGAACCGGUGCAGCUUGAGGUCACGUCUCCUGAAGCCAUGGGCGGUUGUGGAGGUCCUUCUGCAGAUCCUCUCCAUUCCAGCUGGCGCAUCUCCGACAGUGCGUUCCCUCUCAACUUGGCUAUGUCUCGCGAGGUGGAACCUACAAGAGAUAUUCGCUGCGAGUUCUGCGGGGAGUAUUUCGAGAACCGAAAAGGUCUCUCGAGCCACGCUCGGUCCCAUCUACGCCAAAUGGGCAUUACGGAGUGGACGGUCAACGGAUCCCCCAUUGACACCCUAAGGGUGAUUAUGCACAAGAGAGGCUUACAUUUGUCUCCUCAGUCUGAGGGAGAGAAGAAGGAUGGUGCCAAAAUUCCCUCAUGGGCCAACGCAACCAAAAGUACCGGGGGUUUGUUUAUCUCUGGCUACCAGUCGUCCAAGUUCUAUAAAUCCCCUCUUAGCACGCCAUCGUCAGGGUCGAGGUUUUCGAAGCAAGGUCUGAGUUCCGCGGGGCCGUUAGAUACCUUACCGAAGAUUGUCAGGAUCUCCCCGCUAGGAAAACAAUCCGAAGAAUCCGAGUCUACGGAUACUUCUCAUCAAAGCAAGACGUUCUCACCACUGCCGCACGACUUCCCUUUGAAAAAAAAAGCCUCCCCUGACAAGUAUGUCCGGAAGGACCCAAGCUGUGAGCUGUGCGGCUUCUACUUUGAAAACCGCAAAGCGCUGGCGAGCCACGCACGAGCCCACCUCAGGCAGUUCGGGGUGACCGAAUGGUGUGUUAAUGGAUCCCCCAUCGAGACACUGAGCGCAUGGAUUCACAGCAGGCCGCAGAAGGUUUUGGAAAUGCAUCGGAGCUACAUGCAGAGUAACCGCCCAACUUCCAAGAGGAAGAGCACCUCGCCUCUCCCUGCAUCAACAGCUUCAGAUCAUACCUUCCCCUUCUCCCAGAAGGCCUCCUCUUCAUCCUCUUCAUCCUCCUCCCAAUGGUCUUCUGCUUUGGCCGUGAACCUGGUGCGUCCGCUAAGCCGUGAGCUAGGCCGGGGCUCCUGCAAGGCUUCAGAGAACGAAGGAGGUCCCAACUUUCGAGCUCCUCACAUCAGCAGCAGUCCCAGCCUGUCGCGGCUUGUCAGUAGCCUUCCGCUUCAAGCACAGGUGGCUCGCAGUGAACUCAACGUUCGCCUACCCAGAGUUUUUGAACGUCGGCCCCUGAAGCACCCAUCCUGCGUGGAGGGAACUGAGAGGGACAGCGGCCCCGCCAAGCCCCCACGCACAAGCACAGUUCCUGCUUUAGUGCCAAAGCCGCCUGCCUACCCUCUGGUCAAACUGGUGGGCAAGUUCUACACCCUCAAGUGCCGAUUCUGCGAGGUGGAGUUCCACGGUCCGCUUUCGGUGCAAGAGGACUGGAUCCGGCAUCUCCAGCAACACAUCCUCAAGAUGAACUACGGCCAGCCUGUUAAAUCCAAAACAGACUGCGCUGAAGUUACGGCCGACGAGCCGGCCCCAGUCAGCCGGGCUUCGGCCGCCAGCACCUCCUCAACGACCUCCAUCACUCCCACCCUGACUCGCUCCAUCGCUUCCGACAGCCACUCGCCUGAGCCUCCAGCAGAACUUACCACGAACCGGAUAGUCAAGAUCUCCGAGGAAUCGCUCCCCCCGGCUCCUCUCCCCCUCCCUGCCCAGGUGGUGUAAGCUCAUCUCUCUUUCUUCUUUUCCUGCCUUUUGACUUUCUUGUAGUCCAUCUGUCGCUCUCCUUGAAAGGGGAGUGCUCCCUUUCAACAUUCGGCGAAGGCCAAAGAGCCCUUCUGAGCCCCGAGCACCUUUUGAAGCAGCUCUUUAGACUGUUACAAAAAAAAUCGCGUUACCAUGGGAACGUAACUCUCCUGGCUUAAGGGUGAUUGCAGCCAAGGUUAUACGGAGAUAUUGUUAUGCCUUGUUUUUAAUGAAUGUCCAGGUGUUGACGUGGACCAUCGCUGUACCCCACCCACCCAUUUAUCGGGUGGCCAAAGGGUUUAUUGCCCCCCUCAUUGGUCUCAACCCAAAGGUCAUGACUGAAACUAAAAGAGAUUUCUUAAUCCAGUCUUGCGAUGGAGACUUUAAACAUACUUUGUGUUAAAAAAAACAUGAAUGGCACUUUUGACAUUGACACUGAGCACUUAUGAAAAUCAUUUGAUCGGGGUGAAAUUUUGAUUCAUGUAUCUUCUUUAAAGGAGCAAGAAAUGGAAGCACACCCAAAAAGGGAAAUUCAUUUAAUAUUUAGCCCAAACUAUACAUUUUGCUUGAAUGUAGCAUAAAGCACUUGUUCGUACCUUUGUUUUUAUAGACACACAUUUAAUCAAUCAAAAAGUUUUACCACUGUAAAACAUGGGGGCAAAACUGUGCAGAUUUUUAAAAGUUAUCCCUCUUUAGAUUUUGGGGGUUGGGGGGGGGCUUUCAAAAAAAAAAAAAAAAAAAGGAUAUUCAUGGUUUCUUUUAAAGUUAAGCUUCCAUUUACGGUGUUACCAUCUUCUUCCUGCCUUUUUAUUUAGUAUUUUAUUUUUUAAUAUAACCCAAAUAAUUAUUUAUUUAUUAUGCGCCUGAAUGUGGUAAGCUAGCUCAUUAUAGAAACUUAAAUGGAACUUUUGGAUUGUUUGGUAAAUUGUGCACUUUUACACUAGUGCGACGUGUGUGUGUGUAUGUGUGUACUUAACUGACCGGCCACAAUAUUAGGUACAGUCCACUUGCACAAUCAAUUAGGGUUCAAAAAGAAUCUUUGACAACAGUUAUAUCGGCUUCCUAUAGAUCACGUUUAUAAUAUUGCGACCGGUCAGUGUACAUACAUGUAUACAAACAGGUUUUAACUCCUUCACUGCCAUUGACGGCCAUAGACGUCCAUUUUAACUGGCCGUGAACGAGUUAAAAAAAACAAAAAGACAGAAGUAAAACUGUUAGGACAUCUUUGUGACUUAAAAUGUGUCCUACUGAUUGUAUGACGUAGGAUCAGUAUAUGCAUUGGGGUGUGCCAAAGAGUCUGUUUACUUCCUUGUCUUGCCUCUGUAAAAGCUGUUUACAUUGGACCUGAUGAUGGAGGAAGCAUUAAAGUUCCCCGAGGCUCCUCACUGAAUAAUGGACUGAACAAGGGGUGACCCGCCUCCUACCACUUUAUUUGAAGGACACAGCCCUCCCAGUGAGACACCAUGGGAUUCAUGUUAACAGGAGACAAUUCCAAUCCAAACAUGAACAGAAAGCAAACUUCAUUCCAAGACUCUGGUGAACUCUCAGCUCACAAUCCAAACAGAAAAAAUCUUUUUCAGAGUGUUCCUAUCAACGCAAAAAGUGAACAUUCGAAAAGUAGGCUGACACUUCAAAAGUUUGUUCCGGUGUUUUGCCCAAUGUAUAACAUGACUGUUUGCUUCAAACGUUCCCCUUCCCUGUGUACGGAACAUAGAUACACACUAUAUAACUUCAUGUACUUAAGAAGCUGUUGACACUACUUAGUGGAGCUGUUAGCAGUUCUACGCUGAACAAAAAUAGCAAUGUAACAUUUUGGUUUUUGCUUCCAUUUUUUUUUUAGGAUCUGACCUCAAAGAUGGAUGAAUUUCUAUGUAUACACAAAACGGCCAUUUCUCUUUAAGUAUUGUCCGCUAAUGAAAAUGAUUUUUUUGAUUUAAACAGAUGUGUAAACGAUUUUUGAGAGAAACGGGCCCGUUUGAAUACAUAGAAAAAGUCUUGGAUCUCAGAUCAUAAAAAAAAAUUGGAGCAAAUCUAAAGUGUUAUGUUUUUGUUUUUGUUUUUUUUUGUUCACUAUAUUAGCCAAGUAGUUGAAAAAAUAAUAAUAAUAAGUGAUCUUAGUUCCUUUAUUGUGAUUUGAUUUUAACCUCUGAUUCUAUGUAUUUUAUUUCUAUGUGUAUUUUCUGUACUUGCAGUCCUGCAAAGUGAAUAUUAGAAGAUUUCUAAAUUUUUAAUCUGUUAGUUGCAGAAACUUUUGGUGCUGGUGGAAAUGUUGCAAGGAAACUGUGUGAUUGGGGGUAAGGAAAACAUUUUUAUUUUUAUUUUACAGUGGAUCAAAGCAGCCACAGAAGCUUUUAAAUGGGACUACUUUGCACUCUUGCGUCACUGUAUGAGCCUUAGUGUUCCCCAUAAAAAAAAAAAAAGUGUGUGUUUGUGUGUGAGAGCGUGUGUGCAAACAGACAAAAGACAGCAGGAGACAAAAAGAGGUUUGACAGAGAAAACAAUUGUUCUGUACAGUUUUAGGUGACUCAACUCCAGAACAAAACAAUAAAUGUGAUUUCCGUUUCAGACAA